AAACAACUGUCUGUGAUUGAGUUGAGCAGAGAGCUCUCUGUCUCCCCCCCUCUCCCACCCCCCCCUACCACGCACACUCUGUCAGAACGGGCACAGUGUGUGGAUGAACGACACGCAGUUACAGGUUGUUUUGAUGCAUCCGUUUUUGGACGUUUAUCCGCGCGUAAUCCCGCCCCCUUUCCCUCCAAUGCAGUGCGUAAAUGUCAGGGCAAGGACCCCAUCCGCUCGGCCCCGAAGUUUGUUGUUUCAGCUCUGACAGCUCCACUUGAUUUAGGACGAGCAGACCCAGCAUGGCUCCGUGCGUGGCUCCCAGCUGGGCCCUGGGCCAUACUUGUUGUUGCAAAGUUUGGCGUUUGUGUCCAUACCGAGAGAGAGAGCUCGUUAUCAGCGACGUCCAAGCAGUCCAACUCAGCAGAGAAGAAAUGCAAGUUUACGGACCUCUUCCAGAUCUGGAGGGCCGCAGUCACGUUGUCCGUCACACCCCCCCUCAAGCUGUCCUCACGCACUACGGUAGCGGGGCUGGAGUUUUCCAGUGAGACCGACCCAGACAGAGACUCCCUGUCCUGGAUCACAGCGCACACACUGCCCCCCCCCCCCCCUCCCACACCAUCCCCGUCCCUCCCAAGACAUGCAUAGCAGAAACCAGAAGCGUCACUCCUCUCCGGCCCUCUCCGCCAGGGGCCCGCUGGUGCCCUUGAAGCCCGGGCCCCUGGCGGUGACCCCCGCGGCCCCUGGUGUGGGGGGGGGGCUGUCUUUCCGUGUCCCCAAAGACUUCCCCCACUCCCGGUUCAGCAAGGCCCCCCUCGCCGUCUACCCCCCCAAGGGGGUCCGCAGCAAGCCCUGCGUCUCUCUCCCCGUGGUCAGCCUGGAGAAGAUCCCGGGCCUCCACAAGACGGCCUCUCCCAUCCGCCUGCCCCCCUCCUCCUCCUCCAACACCUCCACCUCUUCCUCCUCCUCCACCCCGUCCUCUUCCUCCCGUCUGAAACCCCCGCUCCCCCAGCGGCCCGGGGAGAAGCUCUCCAACGGACACUCCUCCACCUCCACCUCCUCCACCCCCGUCCCGGCCGCCCCGCGGCCCAGCCCGGCUCGCUCUCCGCUGGGUCGCCGGCCGCCGCCCGCCCCAUCCCCGUCCCCGACGCGCUCCCCGUCGCUGAACCGCCGGCCCGCCGCCUCGCCCUCGCUCGCCCACAACAGGACGCCCGUCGCUCCGGCGGCGCUGACGGCGGUGGCGGCGGCGUCGGGGGCCGCGUCGUCGGGGGCGACGGUGACGUCAUCGCCGACGCCGGUGGACAGGAAGCAGCAGAACGGGACGAAGGCCGCCGCCGCGAAGACGCACAGGUGUCUGUCAGGCCGAGUCUUUGACCCCAACAAGCACUGUGGAGUGCAGGACCCGGAGACAAAGCGACAGUGCACCCGCUCGCUCACGUGCAAGACCCACUCCCUGACCCACCGACGAGCCGUCCCGGGCCGGAGGAGGACCUUUGACCUCCUGCUGGCCGAACACAAGGGCCGCACCAAGAAGGAGAAGGAGGCUCAGGAAGAGGCCAAGAGGGAGCGGGAAGGGGCCCAGGGCAGGAAGGAGGCGCAGAGCUCCCUGAAGACUACAACUCCCAGCAGGCCACACUGCCCCAACGGACGCCUGCUGUCCACGCUCAAGCUGCGGCUCGCCAACGCACACAUACCACGGGUUAUAGGCCCCAGCUCAACCUUCACCCCCCCCCAGCCCUCAUCAGCAGCAGCCGUGGUGACGGGGUCCCCCACCGCGAACCCCGAGCCCCCCUCCCAAGGCUGGGAGUGUGGGGCCCGUCUGUCCAGCGACGACAACGAGGAGGACGACGGCCGGGGGCCCGUCGAGAGCCCCGAGGCCGACCCCGACAGGCCCUCAUGUCCCUACUACUCCGCCCGCCACCCGAGACCUCUGGCGUGCUGCCGGUUCGGCAGCAGGCCCGUGGGUCGAGGCCACUUCGUGUUCGACCGCCGCUGGGACCGCGUGCGCCGGGCGCUCCACACCGCGGUGGAGAGACACCUCAGCACGCACAUGUGGAGGAAGGUUCCUCUGGCCGCUGAGACCCCCCUCUCCCCCAGGAUGCCCGCCUCCCCCUCCCUGGACCCCCACCCUCGCCCCUACCCCCCCUUCCACCCCACCCUGACCCCCGUCAGCCCCCACCCCCCACCCUCGUCCCCGCAGUCUUCGGCUUCUAGAGACCGGUUGCGGCCGGUUGCGGCCCUUGCCUCUCCGCGUGGGAAACCCCGCAACGGCAUGCACGCGCCCAGCGCUGGGGGCGGGGCCAGUGGGGGCGGGGCCAGUGGGGGCGGGGCCAGUGGGGGACCCUGGCGAGGGAGGGGCGAUCAAACGGCGGGGGGCCGGAAGAGGAAGAUGACGGCUCCGUCGUUGUCGUCGUCCUCGUCGUCGUCGUCCUCCUCUCCCGCGUCUUCGCCGGGCGUGGAUCAACUCAGGAAGAACGGGAACGGCGUUGUCACGGGACCCAGGGCCACGCCCCCUCCGCCGCCUCCACCGCCACCGCCGCCGCCGCCGCCGCCUCCGAACCCGGGCUGGAAACGGAGCCUCACGCGUGGGGUCAGAGGCGCGGGGUGCCGGAGGGAGGAGCAGAGCCCCAGAGAGCAGGGGCCCUCCAGAGAGCAGGGGCCCUCCAGAGAGCAGGGGCCCUCCAGAGAGCCUGGGCCCUGGGGCCUCAACCUGCUCUACAGGCAGGGGCCCGGGGCCUCAAACGGCCUCAGCAGCACCUCCUUCUCCCUGAAGAACGACCCAGGCCAGGUCCCUCCUCACAUGACCCCUGCUCCUCUCAACUCCUCUUCCUCCUCCUCCCCCCCCCCCUCCUCCUUCAGCCCCCUCCUCCUGGGCCAGGGGGGAGGGGCAGGGGAGGGGAGGAAGGGGAGGAGCCCCGGGACACCAGGAGGAGGC